GCAUUUUUGAAUCCCAUUUCAGAUCUAGAGGAGAAAAUUCCCCUAAUCCCAGACCCAACUUGACGAAUUUUGGAAGACAAAUUCUCUAACUUCACAGACCGUGUUUCUAACCUUUCUUCCCCUGCCUCCACCGCAGUUGUUCUUUUCCUAUAAUCUGCCUGGACUGUCCCACGGAUAUAUGUUUGACUUCUUCCAUCACUAUUCUGGAUAUCAGCUUCUUUCUGAAGCUCACUCCAUACUUUCCUCUAGCCGCUUUCCGUAUUCUACACGCCACCAAAAAAAUGUCGGAAGCUACAGCGUUCAUCGCUGGUUUUAUGGUCUUCGGAUCGCUGAACACGCUAUCCACGAAACUGCAGUUUUCUAUAGAAUCCGUCGGUCUCAGCGGUCAAGAGCACGAGUUCAAGAAGCCUUUCUUCUUAUGGUGGACAGUUGUUUGAAGACUUGUGGAUGAGGUCUUACGCAGGUUCCUCUUUACUACAGAAUGCUUGCGUGGGUGGAAGUCCUCAUGUGCAAGCAAUAGCGUGAGCAUGAGCUUAACUCAGUAAAGCAUGGACUUAACUCAGUAACUCUUGAGACAGUAGAGAUAGACUCUGGUUGUUGGGGUCUACGCAGAGAUGGACUGUGGUGGACAAUGGAAUCGAUAAAACGCAGACUGGAAUCAUUGACAUUGACGAUGAAGGCGUUGAGGAUAAUCGAGUUUAUUGUCCUCAAACGAACUGCCUGCUCGUACAGACCCUUCGUUGGUACUUUGUGCACAAACCGCACAAACUGCCGAAGCUGCUCGUACCGACCCUUCGUUGGCACUGCUUUCCUCUCGGAGCCUCGCAUUUCCGAACGGGUCCAUUUGGAAACGUGCUCCUUUCUUUGUCCUAAAUACUCGUGCGUGCUCUUCACUUUGCGACCUUUCCCUCCUUCGCUUCUGCGUACUCGUCCCGGGCUUUCCUCCUCCUGUUCUCUUCUACUUUCUGAUGAAUUCUUCUCUUCUCUAAUCGACGGCUCUUACCGAAUGUUUUUUGCGAUGACGCUUGUCCUGUACUCUUUCAUGGUCUUUCGAUUUUACCGGUGGCUCCAAACUCGUGCUGCCGGAGCCAAGGCGAAGCCACUUUUAGUGGCAGACUCACCGGGUCGCGAUCAGUCGUCUUCUUAUGAGGUGAAGCUCGCUAACCUACGCACACACUGUAGCGGUAUCUUCCAUCACGUCAGCUUUAACUCUUGUCAAAUGGAAUCUAGCCUUAAACUAACAGAGAAGCAUCACUCCUGUUCUCUUCCUGUUUCGCUAUAACUGUUACCAACCAGCAUAAGCAAUUCUCUUUCUUAUUUCAAGUUUGAUGUCCAAAUCGAAUCGACUAAAAAGAGCAUCAGCAUCAAGUUUUAAUUCCACUUGUGUCUGGAAGCCUAUCCUCUCUAAGGAUGCAAUUUCAGCAGCUCGAACUCGUGGAUUUCGAUCCUUCUCGAUGAGGGCGUGACGAUGAAAACGUCAUCACUCAUAUUAAGGCUACCACUGAAGCAUCGGUUUCCACCCCAUCGAUCUUCCUUCCUUGGCUCCUUAUGUAAGAAAGUACUUGAAAAAGGCAUCAGUUCAAAAGGAGCCAAGGAUGCUCCUAAGCAUGCCCGUGUGGUACCUCUAAACAUGGCGAUUCCUGCAUGUUGCGACUUGACUAGCACCUCGCUCAGCAUGAUAGGAUUGUUGCACAUUUCGGCUUCAGUUUGGCAGAUGCUGAGAGGAAGUAUUCUUAGCAAAUGAAAAUAUUAUAUGGUUGUGGAGUAAAAACACCUAUCUCCAAUGGUAAAACGAUAUCAUAUGGGCUUAGCGACUUCUUCAUGCUACUUACUGCCAUGCGGUACUACAUUUACAAAAGUUGAACAGCUGUGGUGGUUUGUUGGUGCGACAUCUCAUGUGCGCCCUUUUAAAACCACAGAUCUAGUCGUUUUCAGCCUCACGUCAUCACCGACGUCACUUGUAGUGCUCCUUAACCAGGUAUGGUCGUUUUCAGCGGUGUAUUGUCGGUUCUUUUUUUAAAGCGCACUCUCCUCGCGUACAAUUGGGCUGGUAUAGGCCUUGUGGUUGCAGGGAUAAUCCUGGUCGGGACUGCAAAUAUGCUGGCCGCUUCCGCUCACACUACUACUUCUACUGAGGUAGCGCAAUCAACAGACGACGGCAGUGGCCGAUUGUUCGGUAUGCUAAGGCUAGUGAUAGUUCUAUUUGAGGAGGGGACAGAGAGGACAAACUUUGUUAUUCAAAUUGUUUGUUUGCUCAGCAGCAAGAACGAAUAGCAGCAAAAACGUAAGAACGACUGCAAAACAAAAACAAUCAGCAGUAAUUGGAACCAACCUGCUGAAGUGGUUGUCCUUCUUCAUCCAAGUAAGAGUAAGUGGUCCUCUAAGCACCGGCAUCGUGCUUGUUGGGCAGUUUAUUUCUGCCAUUCAAGUCGUGACGGAAGAGUUCAUCCUCAAAGGCAGUGCGGCAGCCUCGUUGCCACCAGCUGUCGUCGUAGGCAUUGAGGGUGCCUGGGGAUUCGCGAUUCUCACCCUCAUAGGCUUCUUAUGAGAAUGAGCUUCAAGACGAGUCCAUCUGGACACUUAUUGCUAGUAAGAAGUUAGGUUGAGACGGAUCGCGAGUAGUUCUUCAUUGUCAUUCUUGACUUCAAAAUGAAUUACAAUUAGAUGAAUUCAUCACCUACAACAACGCGACCAGUGUAGUGAACACGUGAAUUUUGUAUCUUGCACGUAUAAUGAACUGCAGGAAACCUCCCCUUCGCAUACAACUGAUAUUGACCCCCCAGCAUCUCUCUAAUGUCUCCCCUUCUGUACGUACUGCCUGGAAAUGACUACGGAGGUACGCAGGAGAACUUGCUGGAUACCUUCGUGAUGCUGAAAAACAGCAGCAGCCUUCUCUUUCUCACAUUCCUGUAUUGCAUUACCUGCAGUCUCUCUAUGGCUUUCUCUCUCAUAGUACUGAAAUGCAAAUCUGUAUAUAAAUGUCUCUAUACCCCAUGAUUGGGUAGUACUAGUACAGUACUACUACUCUCCUAAUAAUGAUGGUAGUACAAUACUACUCCUAUCUAUGAAGAUGUAGCAUAGUUACCUGCAGAAGACUCAGCAAACUGUCCUAGGAUUUCAAUUUCUCUCGUAGUUUGGUUUGUUUGAUGAUUAGAAGGAGAGAGGUUUGUUGUAGCUUUUGCUAGCUCCUGUAGUCGUAGCCCUGAAAUGACGUGACCCACACUGACGCGAUCCACUCUAAUCUACAUAACUUUUGCGGUAUGAGCAUCACGCGAUAUCUUAGCGCAGUGCAUCGAACGAUGUUGGAUGCGUGGCGUACCAUGGUCGUUUGGCUCGUUGGAAUCGUCUACUAUUACGCAGUCGAUCCUACCAGCGAUUUCGGAGAGGUUCGAUAUUGACUUGAAACAGUGACCUAGCAAAAAUCUAAUGUGGGAUCGUAUUUCAACUAGUAUGCGACGGCAAGUCAACAAAUUCAAUCUUCGUGUCGAUUCACAUGAGUGAGCUAGAGAACAGUUCCUCUUUUCUCGAAUGAGACUGGCUGUUUGCAUCGUCGAGAUGUGGAAAAAAAUACUAAACUCCGCAACCUCAGCCAUGGACGGUGUAUUCGUACCUGCAACUGUUGGGCUUCAUCGUACUAAUUUUCGGACAAUUGAUCUACGGAGGAUUGUUGCGACUCGAAGCCCUCUUUGCUUACCCAGAGGAGUCGGUGGCAAAUGACGAAAAAGUUAUGGCUUCCUUUUCACCGUAGUUUUGUUGGAAAUGUGAACCAAGUACUUAAAGUACUACUUCACCAGUAUGUAUUGAUGUAAACGCCGACAUUGGACUGUCAGACGUGUGGAUUUUUCCCUGAUAUCGAGGUGGGAUCAUCAGGGAUCCGUGACAAUUCAAUGUGAAAGCGAAGCAAGCGUCGCCUGGCUUGUUUAUCUGAGAAAUAAUCAAUAAAGCACGGCAUUUUUUGCACUAGGUAGUUGUAGAAUUAGAAACAGGAUCAGUCAAUAUUUUUCUCAACUUUGGUUCUAACGACAGCUGCAAGUACGAGGAGUUUAUUUCGCCGACGGCGCAGAUGAACAAUGUGAUGUCGCCUGGCACUUCCGUUUCUGUGGGUGUGGAAGGGAGUGCAUCUAAGGGCUCUUGCUGUGCCUGUGCUGGAGACAAGCACUGCGGAAGCACGGUUUGAAUGAAAUUGCAUUAACAGCAGGCAACUUGGGGAAGAGGGGUAAUGUGGGUUUAGUUUCAAACCGCCUUUAUUAGGCGUUUGGGGCAGUGAGUGACAAACACUUAAGGGAGAUACUUCCGUGUGGUGUUUGAGCAGUGGAUGACUUGGAAGGAUGUCUUGGAUGUAGGCUAGACGCAGAGUUGUCGUUCAACGCGUAGAUGAAUUUUUACUUACAUAGAAAUAGGCAUAGCUGAGUCGCAAAAGGGCAGACGAUGGAACGCUUUUUUUGAGUGGUGUGUGUACGCACACAGACAUCAGAGGUUUUCUUUUCGGUCAUAAUAACUUUACAUAAACGAUGCUAGAAGUGAUAAUGAAGAAAACCACUCUCCACUGUCUUUGACAAUGAGACUCUCGUCGCACAAACUAAGUAGCUUACUACUUCAUAUGUGGUGCAUUUGAACCCGUCUUUUGACACGGUGUCUCGUUGAGACACCCUGAUACACAACAUAUCAGCGAAAAUUUAUUUCUAGGAAGGAUAGGAUACAGACAUGGUUUUAUGAAACAAGGUGGGGCGCCUGUUGCUUUUCAGAUUUUUUUUUUUCAACGUCUUGUAUCUAUACUGCACAGUCGAUGAGAAUUUAGAUAUUUGUAUUUCAAUCUUGCAUCACGUAUGAGCUUGCAGCAGAGCCGACCCGCCAUCAUGCUUGAGAUAGAGACGAAGUCGAAGCAUUCUAUCCUAUACGAACCCACAAGUUUCCACAAAUUAUACGAGCUUACCAUUAAUCCUGUUAUUUCGGCUUGGAGGUGACCGAGACCCAUGUUGGUGUUGGCCUUUUGAUAAAUAUCUACUUCCUUUACGACCAACAUUCUACCACACAUCAUCUUCUUACUAUUUUAUGUUCUGCAGGACUCUGACAUGGCCAUGCGCAUGCACAUGUCCUACACUCGAUCAAGGGCCACUUCCUAGACGGACCAAGAAAGAAAAUGAUCUCAGUGAUUCAGAUAUGGGCUCGCCAAGUGGUGUUGUGA